GUUGGCAAAAUGUCGGAUGUAGAGGUCUGCCAGCUCGCGUACGAAGGAAAACUAGGAGAACUCAAGUAUAAAACCAUUGAUGAUCGGUCUCUUUUCACAAAAGUGGACCAGUGUGGUCGAGUCCCAUUGCACUGGGCUGCAUCUGGCGGGAGAAAUGAAGUUGAAGAGUUUUUGUUGCAACAGAAUGUAGAUGUGGAUCCAAGAGAUGCUUCAGAUUGGACGCCCCUGAUGAUUGCAGCCUCAGCAGGAGGACAGCAAAUAGUUGCAGACUUAAUUGGCCAUGGUGCAUCAGUAAACGUCAUCAACUCAACUGGUCAGACUCCACUGCAUUACACCUCAUCCAAGGAUAGAUAUGAUUUGACUGAGUUGCUUUUACAGAAUGGUGCUAACCCAAAUAUUGGCGACCAAGUGGGUAAUACACCCUUACAUCGAUCAGCCAGUAAAGGCAACAUCAAAAUCACCAAACUCUUGUUGUCCUAUAAUGCUGACACAUACUACCAGGAUACUGAAGGAAAUACACCACUCCACCUUGCCUGUGAGGAAGGAAGGCCCCAGGAUGCCAAGCUGUUGGUGGAUCAUGGUGCCAGUAUGACAGUACGCAACAAGGAUGAGAAGAGUCCACUAGAGCUGGCCGCGCCAGGAUUACGGAGACAGCUGCAAACAAUAUCAACGUGACACGUUUGCUAGAAAUUGUUUAUUGGAGAGUUUCUGGAUUCUGAGAACUUGGACAUGUCACAUGUACAAGUGUUGGAGACUGGACUUUAUCGUUUGACUUGAGUGAUGACAUUGGAAGCCAUAAUCGCUUGUUGUUCUUGAUUUCCUACGCAUUGGUUUGUUCAUGCCAGACUUUCAUUCAUAGAAAUGUUUGAUAUCAAGACUGUGUGUGUGGGGGGGGGGGUUGAACUUGUUGCCGGUGUUUUAAAGUACGGUGUUGUCAACUCCUUUAUACGUACAUGUAAAUGUCUUCCGUGUAAUUUUUCUGGUUCUAAUCAUGUUCAAACCUGAAUAACCAGUUCUUCAUUUAUCUUGAUCUUUUUUAUAAUAAAAACAGU